CAGGGGCGGACUGACCAUUCGAGCACUCGGGCACUGCCCGAGGGCCAGGGGUCAGUAGGGGGCCCCAUGAAAUGCCCCUGGUACCUUUUUUAUAGGCUUUUUUUGAGUGUGGGCAAGGACACAGGGGCCCCAUGACCCCCUAUUGCCCGGGGGCCCCAUGAGUUGUCAGUCCGCCUCUGUUCACAGUGCAGCCUCAUUAGGGCUGCCUAUCAGUGUCCAUCAGUGCUGCCUAUCAGUGCCCAUCAGUGCAGCCUCAUCAGUGUAC